AUGUUGAAGAAAAGCAAAAAGACUGUGAAAGUCAAAGUGACCACUGCUGAGUCUCAACUAGAAUUUGAGAUGCAAAAAAAUGCUCUAGGCAAAGACCUCUUUAAUCAAGUCGUCAGUACAAUUGGUCUUCGCGAAGUGUGGUAUUUCGGUAUUCAAUAUAUUGAUAAAGACGGCAAUCCUGCCUUCCUACGUUUGGAUAAGAAAAUCUCUAGCAAUGAAUUUGCUGAUGGUCAUGCCUACGAUUUCCGGUUCAUGGUAAAGUACUAUCCCGAGAAUGUGGAGGAUGAACUCAUUCAAAUGUGCACCAUUACCCAUUUUUACCUCCAGGUCAAAGGCGAUAUCAUGUCUGGAAAAAUUUACUGUCCCAUUGAAACCGCCGUUUUGUUGGCUUCUUAUGCUUGUGUUGUUAAAUAUGGUCCUUAUGAUUCUAGGACGUGUCCUAAGUGUCUUCCGAUUGACCGUCUUAUUCAUUCCCGAGGGCAGUUUACCAAAACCGACGAGGAAUGGUAUGAUACAAUCAUUCAAUGCUACAAGGAACACCCCUACAUGACUAAUGAGGAAGCUAUGGUUCAGUAUCUCCAAAUUGCUCAAGAUUUGGAAAUGUAUGGUGUGGAAACAUUCCCAAUUAAAAACAAGAAGGAAACUCCCCUUGUGCUGGGUGUUGAUUCACUUGGUUUAAGUAUUUAUGAACCUGACAACUUAUUGGUUCCGAAAAUUGGUUUCCCAUGGUCUGAGAUCCGCAACCUUUCUUUCCACAACAAGAAAUUUAUUAUCAAGCCUUCUGACAAAUCUGCCAACGAAUUCUUUUUCUUGGUCGAUAAAACCAAGACCAACAAACGCAUUCUGGAAUUGUGUACAGGCAACCAUGAGCUCUAUAUGCGGAGAAGGAAGACGGAUUCCAUCGAAGUUCAACAGAUGAAGAUUCAGGCUAAGGAAGAAAGGGAAUUGAGAGAAGCUGAAAAACAACGCUUGAAUGAGGAACGUCUGUUACGUCAAGAGCACGAGAUGAGGUUGGCUGAGCUCAAAGCCGAGUCGCUCAAGAAGGCGUCCGAUUAUGAGGAAAUGACCGCGAAGAUGGCGUCCUACCAGAAUAAGGUGAAUGAGUUGCAGCAAAUGCUCGAGCAAGAAAGAAAGGCCCGCCAAGAACUCCAAAACAACCAAGAAAUGUUGGCCAAGAUGAAUAAACAGCUAGCGGAGGAGACCGCAGCCACACAAGAGGAGCGUGAUCGAUUGCAGAAGGAGAGAGAUGCCGUUCAACGUGAGAUUGAGCAACAGAAGAAGAUGAUGGCUGCUAAGGAGACAGAAAUGGCGAUGGCCGAGGAAUUCAUAAGGCGUGAAGAAAGCAGCGCCACAGCGUCACAAGUCAAUGGCAGUGGUGACAAUAUCACCCAGGACGACGAAUGCGAUGCAAAGGAGUUGGAGGUCGACAUGAAUGCGAGCAGAAUUGAAGAGACUCGUGUUACCGAAGUUUCCAAGCACCAGAAUCUUCAGAAGAAACUUGAAAACCUUAAGUUGGAGCUAAAUCAGGCUCGUGAUGAAUCCAAGAUGAAUGAAAUUGAUCAUCGACAUGAGUACAAUGUUCGUCAAGGGAACGACAAGUACAAGACUUUGCGUAAUAUCCGCAAGGGCAACACAAUGUCGCGUGUUGAACAGUUUGAAUCGAUGUAG